GCUUCGACAUUAACUUGGAGAGAACGAAGGCGAAGAAGAAGAAGAAGAAUGGAGGCACCGAAGAACAUCGAGCACCAAAUCGGAGGGAUCCAGAACGAUACUCUCCGUUUUGGCCUUAACAGCGUCAAGAGCAACCUCGUUGGGACUCACCCAGUCGAAUCUGCUCACCAAUCGACGAAGAAGAUGGAAGAGGAGAUGGAGAGGAGAAUCUUGGCCAACACUUAUGGAAGUGCUUUCCCGAUGAGGAUGAAUUUCGAGAGGCAAAUUCUUUCCCGAUUUCAGAGGCCUACUGGAGCCAUACCUUCUUCGAUGCUUGGAUUGGAAUCUGUGACAGGAGAGUUGGAUUCUUUUGGUCCUGAAGAUUAUUUGAAUGAUCCUCGUGAAUCUGAGACCGUCCGGCCGUUAGACGCUCAUCAUGCUAUGGAGGUUCGGAUUGGACUUUCCAAGGGUCCAGUUGCCCCAACCUUUUACUGAUAGAAGAGAGAAUGAGGGAUUAGUAACAUCCUACUCUUUGUCAUUCGUAUUUAUACGAUUAUGUUAAUGUUGCUUUCAAACAUGAAAUUCAGAAGCCUCGCUUCUGAUAUGUGGUGUCACCUGUACUUUUGUAGUUCUCUUGGAUAUCAUAUCUAUCUGAGUACUGAGUACA